ACUUCAGCUCGUGAUGGCAUUGGCGUCGAUCUUCAUUGCUUUUCUAUUUGCCGCAUUAAUCUCAACGGGCAAAACCCAAACGGGUAGUUGUCGGAAAACAGUGGAUUGCAUCUGCACGUACGACGACGAUUGGAGGAUAGACCUCACUCCAAUCGCACAAUCCCAGUUUGGUCCAGCACCGGGUCCGACUUACGACUAUUACUACAGCUACUGGCCUUGCUACGACGGUAGCGUUGAGAACGUCGCCUGCAACGCAGCGGUUAUUCAAGCCGAUGACCUGUCCUAUCCAACUUGGUGCUAUUCUUGUGGCACGGCAGCUACCAACGACUUUGGUACCGAUUCAAAUGGGAACGUUUAUAUUCAAUACAAUGGAGGUGACGAUGGCAGAAGCAGUAAAGUCGUUCUGCAAUGUUCCCCGAACGAUGAAGGCACUCUCAACGCUCUCGGCGAACAAGUGCCCGAAAGCAAAGAAUACGAUUUUACGUUUUCGUCAAAGUACGCAUGCCCCCUUUCGCCUGGUGCACCGCCUCCCGAUAAACCAAACGGCAGCAGCAGCGUCAGCGUCAGCGUGAGUCCUGGGACGAUAAUGUGUAUCAUUUUUAUUAUCGUUCUCACCGUCUACUUUGUUGGUGGCGUCCUUCUUAUGAAAUUUUACAAAGGAGCCGAAGGACGUGAACUGGUUCCCAAUUAUCACCUCUGGGCUGCAAUUCCUGGCCUAAUUAAGGACGGUGUCAAGUUUUUCAUCGGUUUGUUUCCAUGUGGGGGAAACGUGACCGUUUCGUCUGCCGGCAAAUACGAAAAUUUGUGAAUGAACAAGAAGACCUAAAAAUAGUUGACAUCAGCUAGUCGUACUAGCUAAACGGUUCACGUUUCGAAAAAAGCUAUUAGUGUACACGGUCGCCUGAGCAUGUUUGUACGCAGUCGCUGUUUUAAUUAAAUACAAAAGUUGUAGAUG